AUGUUACGAACAGCGAGCCGCCUCCCCGGGCCGCACCCGGGCCAGGUGGCCUCCGUGUCCCCACUCCUGCUGCUGCUGCUCGCCUGCUGCGCGGGUGCCUGCCGAGGUGCUCCACUAUUACCUCAAGGAUUACAGCCUGAACGAGAACUACAACUUUGGAAUGAGAUAGAUGAUGCUUGCUCAUCCAUUCUGUCUGUUGAUUCUCAGCCUCAGGCAUCCACUGCACUGAGGGAGCUUUGCUUUAUGGUGAUGGGGAUUCCACCAAAGCCUCAGGAGCAAGAUGAAAAAGAUAACGUUAAAAGGUUCUUAUUUCAUUAUUCGAAGACACAGAAGUCGGGCAGUUCAAAUGUUGUGUCGUCUGUUGUGCAUCCGUUGCUGCAGCUCCUUCCCCGACUGCAUGAGAGAAGGAUGAAGAGGUUCAAAGUGGACGAAGAAUUCCAAAGUCCUUUUGCAAGUCCAAGUAGAGGAUUCUUUUUAUUCAGGCCACGCAAUGGGAGGGCAACAGGUUUCAUUUAA